AUGAAGUCCAUCGUCCGGCUCAGUCGCCCUGUUGGCUCCCUCCUGCGAUGUGCCGAGCGCGGACGGCCCUCCUGCUUGGCUCCUUGGGCCACAAGGUCCUUCCACAGCUCUCCUGCAAGGCUCGAAGAUAAAGGCGAUGCGAAAGAAAACCUCUCUUUUCGAGGACAGCUAUACCAAAGCACUGCAGACAGACUGAAGCGGGAAAGAGCCUCGGAGGCACAAUACAUAAGAGCCGCGAGCGCUCGAGGAGGUGGUGCAGGGGGCAAAACACUCAGUCUCAGUUUUGUGAUCCUGUCCGUCGCAGCUGGAGCCUACUACUUAGGGAAGAGGGGAGAACGACCUUUGGAUGCCUCUUCCACCACUCCUCUGGCUCGAGCACAGCCGCCUCAACAUGAUACGAGAAUUUCUAACUUGCAGGCCGCCUGGGUCGACUUUGCCCAAAUCGUGGGCAAGGAUAACGUGUCGACCGUGCCCGACGACCUCGAAGCGCACUCUGGUUCCGAAUUUUCCUCCUACACGACGAAGCCUAAUGAAAGACCUUUUGCCAUUGUAUAUCCUGCCACCACCGAAGAAGUCUCGAAGAUCAUGAAGGUGUGCCACGAACGAAAGAUCCCCGUGACAGCGCUCUCCGGCGGUACCAGUCUCGAAGGCCACUUUGCACCCACACGAGGAGGAAUAUGUAUCGACAUGGCACGAAUGGAUAAGAUCUUGGAAUUCCGACCACAAGACUUGGAUAUCGUCGUACAACCUGCUCUGGGCUGGGAAGACCUGAAUGAAGAACUCAAAGGACAUGGCAUGUUUUUCCCACCAGAUCCAGGCCCGGGAGCGAAAAUUGGAGGCAUGGUUGGCACAGGCUGCUCGGGGACAAAUGCUUACCGAUAUGGUACUAUGCGCGACUGGGUCGUCUCUCUCACGGUCGUUCUCGCCGAUGGCACCAUCAUCAAGACAAGAAGGAGGCCCCGCAAAUCCAGUGCUGGCUAUAAUUUGACGCAGAUGUUCAUCGGCAGCGAAGGCACCCUGGGUAUUGUCACCGAAGCCACGUUGAAGAUCACGGUCCUCCCGAAAAGCCAGUCCGUUGCCGUUGCCACGUUUCCCACCAUCCACGCAGCCGCCGAAUGUGUUGCGAGAGUUGUCGGGGAAGGUAUCCAGCUUGCCGGAAUGGAGAUCUUGGACGAUGUACAAAUGCGCUGCAUCAACAAAAGUGGAAUGACCAGCAGGCCGUGGCAGGAAGCUCCCACCCUCUUCUUCAAGUUUGCGGGGACCACGGAAGGCGUCAAAGAACAGAUCAAGAUCAUUCAAAAGAUCGCCAAGGGAACUCACAACCAGAGCUUCGAAUUCGCGAAGAACGACGACGAGGCUGCGGAACUCUGGAGCGCGAGAAAAGAGGCUCUGUGGAGUGUCAUGGCAAUGCGGGAAAAUAACUCGGACCACGUUUGGACUACGGAUGUGGCUGUCCCUAUCAGCAGACUGGCGGAUAUCAUCCAAGAAACUCAUGACGAUGUGGCCAGCAGUGGCUUAAUCGGUGGUAUCUGUGGACAUGUGGGAGAUGGAAACUUCCACACCAUUCUCCUCUACAACGACACCGAGAAGCAGAUCGCCGAAGAGUUGGUCCAUCGCAUGAUCCGACGUGCCAUCGCUAUGGAGGGCACCGUCACGGGCGAGCAUGGUGUUGGGCUCAAGAAGCGCGAGUACCUACGCGAAGAGCUCGGGGAGGAAACUGUCGAUGCAAUGCGCAAGCUCAAGCAAGCAUUUGACCCUCUGGGACUUCUCAACUGCGACAAGAUUGUCCAGAUCGAGGCUGGCCAUUGA